GGUUCACUCACCGCCAUGCUCCGCGUGCUCCUCCUUGCGGCUGUCGCAGCCUCGGCCUCUGCCUUCGCUCCUUCCUCUCUCCUCCCAGCUACUCGCCGUGCGGGCAAUGCUGGCAUCAGCAUGCAGCUCUUUGGUGAUGGAAAGAUCCAGGGCAAGGGUGUCACUGCCAUCCCUUUCGCCGGACGCCCCAACACCCCAGCCUUCGAUGGAACCUGGGCUGGAGACGUUGGCUUUGACCCGCUCACCAUCUCCGGAUGGCUCGACAUCAAGUGGUUGCGCGAGGCUGAGCUCAAGCACUGCCGUGUUGCUAUGCUCGCCGUUGCUGGAUGCAUCGCGCAGGAUCUCUUCCGCUUCCCUGGGGCCGAGACUGUUUACAGCAGCGACCUCAAGCUGACCAAGCUCCACGACGCUGCCCUCAAGACCGGCACCAUGGGCCAGAUGCUGUUCUGGUUGGGAUCCUUCGAGGCUAUCAGCACUGCCGCCGUCAUCCAGAUGCUCCAGGGAUCCGGACGCAAGCCCGGUGACUUCGGAUUUGAUCCUCUCGGCCUCGGAAAGGGAGGAGACAGGGCUCGCCUUGAGCUUGCUGAGAUCAAGAACGGCCGCCUUGCCAUGAUCGCCUUCUCUGGAAUUAUCCACCAUUACUUCAUCACCGGCAAGGGACCCAUCGAGCUGAUCACCGGCAAGUAAACGACCCUGAUGCACUGACAACGUUACGCGGAAUAAAACAACAUAAAGUCAA